GCCGUUUGGCGGGGGGAGGACCUUCUAAAGGCCCCGCCCCCACCGCGGCCCCGCCCCCAUGCGGCCCGCCGGGACUGCACUCUGGCUGUGCCUGACCUUGGCCUUGGGCCUGGCCCUCGUCUGCCCCCUGGCUAUGGGGUGGGCCUCGGCCCGGGCCCCAGUCUAUGUCAGCAGCUGGGCCGUACGGGUGUCCCAAGGGAACCUGGAGGCCGAACGCCUAUCGCGCAAGUUCGGCUUCGUCAACCUGGGGCAGAUCUUCCCUGACGGGCAGUACUUCCACCUGUGGCACCGGGGCGUGGUCCAGCGGUCCCUGAACCCGCACUGGGGCCACCGUCUGCGCCUGAAGAAAGAUCUCAAGGUGCAGUGGUUUGAGCAGCAGACACGGCUGCGGCGGGUGAAGCGCUCCCUGGCAGUGCCCACUGACCCCUGGUUCCACAAACAGUGGUACAUGAACGAAGACGUGCAGCCCGACCUGAACAUACAGCAGGUGUGGGGCCAAGGGCUCACGGGCCAGGGGGUCGUGGUCUCCAUCCUGGAUGACGGAAUUGAGAAGGACCACCCGGACCUCUGGGCCAACUACGACCCCCUGGCCAGCUACGACUUUAACGACUAUGACCGAGACCCCCAGCCAAGAUACACACCCAGUGAUGAGAACCGACAUGGGACCCGCUGUGCUGGGGAAGUGGCCGCAGUGGCCAACAACGAGUUCUGCGGUGCCGGUGUUGCCUACAAUGCCCGAAUUGGAGGCGUGCGUAUGCUGGAUGGCACCAUCACAGACAUCAUCGAGGCCCAGUCUCUGAGCCUGCAGCCACAGCACAUCCACAUCUACAGCGCCAGCUGGGGCCCGGAGGACGACGGCCGCACAGUGGACGGGCCCGGCACCCUCACCCGGGAGGCCUUCCAGCGUGGUGUGACCAAGGGCCGCAGCGGGCUGGGCACCCUGUUCGUCUGGGCGUCCGGCAAUGGUGGGCUGCACUACGACAACUGCAACUGUGACGGCUACACCAACAGCAUCCACACGCUGUCGGUGGGCAGCACCACCCAGCAGGGCCACGUGCCCUGGUACAGCGAGGCCUGUGCCUCCACGCUCACCACCACCUACAGCAGCGGCGGCGCCACUGACCCGCAGAUUGUCACCACGGACCUGCACCACCAGUGCACCGACAAGCACACGGGCACGUCGGCCUCGGCCCCGCUGGCGGCGGGCAUGAUCGCCCUGGCCCUGGAAGCUAACCCGUUCCUGACGUGGAGGGACAUGCAGCACCUGGUGGUCCGCGCGUCCAAGCCCGCGCAGCUGCAGGCAAAAGACUGGAGGACCAAUGGCGUGGGCCGUAGAGUGAGCCACCACUAUGGCUACGGGCUGCUGGACGCUGGGCUGCUGGUGGACAUGGCCCGCACCUGGCUGCCCACGCAGCCACAGCGGAACUGCGCCGUCAGUGUCGUCCACACCCCCACCCUUCCCCACACCUCUUACCCACCUCCCUGGACACUGUACCGCUACACGCUGCUGCUCUACGGGACAGCUGAGGACAUGACAGUGCGGCCCAUGGGCUCCCAGGUAACCAGCAGCGUGUGUGUGCGGUGCGCCACAGAGGGGCUGUGCCAGGAAUGUCACAGCCCUGCCUACAUCCUGGACUGCCUCUGCCUCUCCCACUGCCCACCUCAGUUCUUCAGCCACACCCGGCAGGCAGUGACCGUGGGGCCCUUCGGGUCUGCGCCAGCUGCCGCCUUCCUGCCGUACCUGCCACAGGAGCUUCUCCUCGACCGCACCGCCUGUUCCCCCGGCACACCCUGGAUGAGCCCCUGCCCCCACCACGGCCCAGCCAGGGCCCUGCAGCUGGCCCUGCCAGCCGUGGCCUUGGGGAGCUCCAUCUUCAACCGGUUCUCCGUGUCACUGCCUUGCUGGUGCGUCCCCUUUAAGACGGGGCGGGGCUACGCGAUGACGGACGGAGAGAAUGAGGCAGGAAGCGCUCGUCACGUGCCCGGAGGGGCGGGCGAUGCCGACAGGAAGCGGAACUGA